UAUUCUUUGCCACGUAGUUGUCAAUGUAGUCAGUGUGCUUUUUGAAUGCCUUGUUGACUUUACGCAAUUUAUAAGCUAAUGUUUUAUACAUAUUUUAUAUAUUUUUUACAUUGAAAUUGUUUGUGUACUUUUUAACGCGCUUUGGAAGCAACAAAAUCAGUGUAAAAUGUCCUUUCGACGUUCAACUACUUCGGGGCGUAGACGAACGGUUUUGAGUGUAGCCUUAGAUGCUGAAAAUCCUCGCGUAUCGUAUCAAGCUAUGGAGGAUGAAGUUGCUCCAAGAACUAGUAGCAUUUUCUUGACUUCCAUAUACAUAACUGCAGAACCGCCUAAAAAAAAAUACACAGAAAUUGUUCAACAACUGAUGGAUGACAUAAAUGUGGACCCACCGCGUAACUAUAAAGAGGCGGAUGCCAGGGACUUGCCGAGCUGUGAUCCAAGUUUUACACAAGAGUUUUUCAGUAAGUUUAACAGUCUGAUGAAUUAUAGAGAAGCGGUGAACAAAUACGAAAAACAAUUUCAACACGAAAUCGCAUCAUUACUUAGCGCCCAACCGACCGCCUAUGAGGUAGUAAGUCUUCAAAGGCACCUCAGCUAUACUGCCCUAUGGCCGCCAUUGCACAAUCGUUGUGAGUUGUCGAGAUCUAGACGGCUAUUCGAAGGCCUCACUACCAAGCAAAGAAGUCGCUUGCAUAAACUAAUGGCUAUAAGAUAAUAGGUGAAUUUGAAAUACAUAAACAUAAUGGGUUUUCAAUGGAGAAAUGUUCGUUCCCCAAGUAUCGACUCUCCAUUAUGGAUCAAAAGUACAGUUUUAGUUAUUCAACAAAUCAACGAUGAUAUCAUAAAUGUAUUUAAGUUUUUAAAUAAUAAAACAUAGACAAAGACUA